UGGGAGGUGUUGCCGGUUGUAUGACUGGGUUAAAAAGGAAGCUGGAGAGCUGUGACCCGGGUAAAGGCGGGCUAGUGCCUGCGCUCCGGGGUGGAGGAAAUGAGGGAGAGGUGCUGUAUGAAGUGGAUCGCCUUUCUCUUGCAAACGAGGACAGACCGUAGCGCUGUUGCUUGAUUUAACCAUCGCCCGCUCUGCCCCAGGAAGCUAGUUAGUGACCGUGAGCGAACGUGCGUGGAGAGGCCCCGUGUCCUCUCGGCCUUUGCACGUAGUGUUCACGUGGAGUCCUGGGGCCUCCGCGGCUGAAAGCCUCACGCCCGGCCUCCGUGCGCGUCUGGGCCGGGACCGCGCACUCGGCGCAAAUGCCCCGGGCUGGCGCCCGGGCGCAGAGCCGGCGUGGUUUCCGGCGGUGUGGGAGCCGCACCCGCCGGUGCUCCGUAGGACGGUGCGAAGGCCUCAGCGCCGACGCACAGCUGGGGCGCGAUCGGCAGUCGACGCGAGCGGAGGAGCGGUAUUUCCGGGCCGCGGCCCCCUGGCCAGCUCGCCGGCGGAGCGCGGACGCGAGCGGGCGGCGGGGCGGGGCGCGGGCGGCGGGGGCGGGGGCGCGGAGAGGUCCCGGAGCGCUUCUCCGCGCCCUGCUCUCCCCCUGCGGGCUCCGGGAGCCGCCUUUUCCGCUGGGUGUCACCCGGCGGGGGCGGGGGCCAGUUCAAAAGCGCCGCGAGGGGUCCGGCCCGCGCCCUUAAGCGAGCGCUCGGCGGAGCGCGGCCGCUCGCGGCUCCGAGAACUUGCAGCGUGUCGGGACGCGGCCGCCCUCCUGCCGGGACCCCAAGCCGCCGACUCCCCGCUUCCUGCGCGCUAGCCGCUUCUGCGCACCCCGGGCGGGCGGCCGCGGGGAGGACGGCGCGCGGCUGCUGCUGCCCCGGGCCCGCGCGGCGGCCGGCAGGAUGCUGGAGAGCGGCGGCUGUAGGGCGCUGAAGGAGGGCGUGCUGGAGAAGCGCAGCGACGGGCUGCUGCAGCUCUGGAAGAAGAAGUGCUGCAUCCUCACCGAGGAGGGGCUGCUGCUCAUCCCGCCCAAGCAGCUGCCGCCCCAGGGACCGCAGCCCGCGCCGGGGCCGGCCGAGGCGCCCCAGCCCGGAGGCCCCGCCGUGGCCAGCCUCGAGCCGCCGGUCAAGCUCAAGGAGCUGCACUUUUCCAACAUGAAGACCGUGGACUGCGUGGAGCGCAAGGGCAAGUACAUGUACUUCACUGUGGUGAUGGCCGAGGGCAAGGAGAUCGACUUUCGGUGCCCGCAGGACCAGGGCUGGAACGCCGAGAUCACGCUGCAGAUGGUGCAGUACAAGAACCGUCAGGCCAUCCUGGCCGUCAAGUCUACGCGGCAGAAACAGCAGCAUCUGGUCCAGCCGCAGCCCCCGCAGCAGCCGCAGCCACUCCGCCGGCCGCCGCACCCGCAGCCCCCCGGCCGCCGGCCGCUGCGGAGCACCUCCGACUCCGCCUGAAAGGGCAGCGCUGGUGGGCGAGGUUUUGAGGACUUGAGGAAGAGGGACGAGCACCUUUCUAUUGUCUUCACUUGGGUUGGAAACAGCAGUCUCCCCGCCCGCGCAACAUCCAGUAGUUUGGACAUUACCAGACUGAGAACUUGAGAGUCCUCUUAGUUUUCUGCAUACUCGUCAUCACCACGCAGGAAACGUUUCAGUCCAGAAGGCUUUUAUUUAUGAACCUUUGAAAGGAUCUUCCAGUAUGGUGGACCUUCUAGGAGCAAUGAUGUACUGUAAUUUUAUUUUAAUGUAUUUUGAUUUAUGAUUAUUUAUUAGUUUUUAAAAAAUGCUUGUUUUAAGACAUUUCUGAAUGUAGGCCACUUUCCAAAAACCCUUAUUUUCAAAAACCUAUUCCCUAGUAAGUUCUAAUCUUGGAAAAGAAAAAAAGGCAAGGGGCGGUGGAAGAGAAAGCAUAAAGAAUUCAUUUGUUAUUUCUAGGGCAUUUUCAGAAGGUCUGAUAGUUUCAUUCUUGUGCCAGGUGGUUGAAAUUAAACUCUGUGAUAUUACAGUUUUCCUUUUUAAGAUUUUUUUUAUUUAGACAUAUUUUAUAUAGAAUAGAUGUUUAAAGAAGCUGGAUGUUCAAAAUCGUGUAUAUUAGAAUCUAAUUGCUUUUCUAAAAGGAAAUCAAUUGUAAUGAUAUCUAAGUCAAUACGCUUAAAACAUAGCCUAUCUAUGGCAGGGCACCCAAUCUUGAGUACUGGUACGGCUGCGUCUCCUGUAGGAAAAGCCUUGCUUGUAUCAUCUGCGUGUGAAGAGUUUAAUAAGGAGAUUUCUAUGAUUUUUGAGUAUGAAUGAAUUAGGUGUUUCGUUUCAAAAACCAUAGUGGGGGGGAAAGAGAAUUACUCAGCUUGUUUGAGAGAACAUUUGCAUUCUUAUCCACACUAGAGGUUACCCUUUUCCAAGAGUUUUGCUGACUUCAUCUGAAUCACAUUUUCUGACCCUUUUACUUUGUUCUAGAAGCAUACGCUAGAAUCUCAUAGUUUAAGUAGUCUGUAAAUAUUUCAAAGGAUUGGUAGUCAUAACUUUUUUUCAUACUGAAAAUAAUGAUUGGGGAAACCAUUUUGCUUUUUAUUGCUCUAAGAGAAAUUUGAGGGUUAUCUGUUUUGUCAGUGUUAGCUAAACUCAAAAACUGGAAAGGAAGGACUGGGUAAACACUGGAUUUCAGUAAGAAAACAACCCCAGUCUUGUUUCAGCAGCCAUUUGUUUAGGAGCCUGGGGGUGAGAGGAGGGGAUGUGCUUUUAAAGGUAGAACAAACCUCUUCUGUUAAAUCCAUAGGAUGGGCAAAGCCACAGGGCAGAUGCUACUUCAGUUUAAAAAGAGCCAUAGAUGGUACCAAGUUCUCCUGGGGCAGAGCUUUCUGUCUGCAUGGCUUUCCUAAGGGGACUCUGUUUUCUAUUACCUUUUCCACAAGUUCUUGACCAGUAUUUUUCCAGCAUCUCAAUUGGAAUGGUUAGUAUUAGGCCACUGCUAAGUUACAUAGUCAAGAAAUGAAAACAGUUUUAUGCUAGAGAUGUCUUACUCUCCCUCCAUCUAGAAAGGAGUUUCAAGGUCAAAUUACUUUUUACUGCAAUACUUAAAUAAUAAAAUUUUGAGAUCGUAACUCUAAUCCAAAAAGAUAUGGGGGAAACUGAAAUUAAAGCAAAUGAUAAGCAAAACUUAAGUAGGCUCCCACUUCCAGUGGCUAAGUUGUGGUGAAAAUAACAGCUGCAAAGAUGUGAAGCCUCACACGUAUGUGUGAUGGGCAGUUCAGAGAGCAGAUUUGAAGAGUCAGGUUCGCUUGGCUUCUUCAGAGCUACUGCUGUACUUUUUAGAUAAUGCCCCAUCAUACUGCGGUUUUAGUAUGUGCAUCAUAUAACCCCACUUAAACCAUAGUUCUGUCCUGAUGGAAGGAUUUUUCUUUAAAAUUCUUGUGCUAUUAAAAAGGUAAAAUCCAUACCAACUACUUUGAAAAUUUAGAUUUUUGUAGGCUUUUAAAAGGCAUUUAUGUGUUGUUAGCUGACAUGUAGGCUAGGUAGCACCAUGGCAAACCUGCUCAGACUUCCUCGUGGCCGCUGGCGCUGCUGUCCACAAACCCCUCCCUUCAGCAUGGCUGUGGCUCUCCAUGGGGCCACCAGCAUCAGGGUUCUCUGUCUUGUCUUUCCAUAGCCCCUAUUUCUUGGUCUGCUGUGACAUUUCUAUGGAGCUGACCCUCUUUAGUGGCUCUUUAGCCUGAACCCUUCUUAGCAUUUAACUGUGCAACCUUAGGAAUUAGAAAGGAGAGGAGUAGGAUAGCUUUUGUUGUUUGACAUCCUGAAACUAUUAUGGCUUAAUAAUGUUUCUAGCACAAAAACAAGCAUGUUUAACAAAACAAAAUAUAAAUGUGAAUCACUGAACUUGUCAGUGACUCUCUUCUACCUGUGGGGACUUUAUACAAACCACUUAAGAUAUUAUGAGACCUGACAACUAACCUUCAUGGAAAAAAGAUAAUAUACUUCUUCAAUCCAAGGAAAAGAAGAAGGGAAGGGCAGUUCCAAUAGAAAACCCACCCCUUAAACAUGUGACAAGUUGGAGAAUUAAAGGGAAUGUCCCAUUCGUCCUUGGAUUUGUGCGGGCACCACACAUCGUGCACAGUGAGCUCAGUAACUCUGUUGGGACAAUGAAUGAAAGGAGGACAAAAUGUGUGACUCCAGCAUGUAGGCGGUGGUUUCUCUUGCCUCACACAGCCCUCCCUCACUGGCUCCUGCUUGGUGCCUGAGGACUUCGGCUGGGACAGGCCAGCACUGCGGAGCUCUCAGCACCCACACUUUCUCAGCACCAUCCACAGCUCUGCCGAUGCCCUCCAGGGAAUGCUGAGGUCAGAGAGUAAUGGCUAUAAAGGGCCCUUUCAAGUGAACAUUUCCCUGCUAGAGGAAACGAGUUCUUGCAUGUAGAGAUCAAACCAACUAUGAUGUCCCUUCUCAUGUUUUUCCCAGCCUCAGUGAAAACCCCACCAUGUUGCUUUGGGGAGUAGCCUUCACACUGCCCAACAGCAAACCCUGUUAGGAACCUGACUGAAGUUGAAACGCCUGUUUUAACUCUUCUGUUCUCAAAGACCAAACCUCUGUUUCUCUUAAACACCCCUCAUUUAAAAUUGGGCACUAUUCACAUUUGUCGCCAGCGUGUAAGUGCAAACACAUCACUUGUUUCCUGUCCUCCUGGGAAAGUGAUGUGGUUUUCGCUUGGCUCCAACCGUUGACAGUGUCAUGUUCAGGGGCAGGACUAGAGAGAGCCGGGGUGUGAGACUGGAGUGACGCAGGAGCAGCCCCAUACCGUGUGAAGCGCUGCAGGACGAGGAUGGGCUGCUGAGUGUUUGGUCCUUUCUUUUUUUUUAAAAUGUCAAAUGAGCAGAAUAAAAUUUACAUUUGGGAACUGUAGAGCUUGGUAAUGAAUCCAUCAGUGAUACUUUGAAGGGAAAUCUACCUUUUUGCCAAAAGCAACUUCCAAUGUGUAAUUGUGGCAUCGUGCUGUAUGGAUUUUUAAGAACUGUGUUCUGAAUUCUUGACACAGUUUGAAGGGUGACUUUUUGAUCUGUAGUAUUGAACAGUCAAUCUAGGUUUAUAUAAGAUGGGGUAUGACAAGGUGAUCUGUGACUUUGUUAGGACAUUUGCCCAAUGGAGUAUAAGAUCCAACAGGGUUUUCCAGAAAGGACAUCCAUGUCCAAUGAAGGGGGCAGAAGGACUGGGUCACUAGAGGCAUCUGCAUAAGGAUUGGUGAGACUGACCCCUCCCUGCAUUUCAAUGAUAGGUGGCCCUUGUAGAUCACUGUAUUAGUGUUGAGAAGAAAGAUAAAACUUACCUGUUUCAUUCCACUGUCAGCCUUCUGUUUAAACUUUCAGAAUAUGCAGAUGCCAGCCUCUGAAGAGCAAGCCUCACCAUGUACCAAAUGCUUUACAAACUGUCACAUUUCUUGCAUUUAAUAGUGUGGUCAUAAGUUGUGUAAAUACGUCUUGAAUGAUUUUGGAGAGAUGUGAAUUAUUUUUCAUAUUUUAAAAAUGCAUUCCACUUCAAAUAAAACAUCUUUUGAGAUGAC